CUUCCGGUUUAUGAAUCUAUCAACGUGGAGUGAAGAAUAUACUUCAAAUUGCAGUUCUCAUUCAUAAUCGGCAUCGAAGACGCGAUGAAGAUGAUAAAACACAAACACCAAUCGUUUCUCGUGGAACUUUCUGUGAGACUGGCCUUGUUUGUUGUGUACUGGAUUACUGAUGAUGCAGUUCCGUUCCAGAGGAAGAUUCAGCCAGAAGAGAUGUGGUUGUACAGAUACCCCAAAACACCCAGCUACUACCCAGGAUAUCUGUUAUGGUUGACAGUGUUGGCAACACCUGUGGUAGUGAUGGGCUUAUUUUACCUGGUGAGGAGAAGCGCUGAAGACUUGGUUCAAGGCCUCCUAGCUGUUUUCCUGUCCAUAUUUCUCACAGGGUCCUUGACGAAUUUAGUAAAACUUGGCGUUGGAAGGCCACGUCCGGACUACAUUGACCGGUGUUUCCCUGAUGGGGCGGUCAGAGAAGACAUGGCAUGUACUGGGAACAUGGACACCAUCAUCGAGGGCAGGAAGAGCUUCCCCAGCGGUCACUCGUCAUGUAGGUCCAUAGCUCACCUGUUUGCCUUCGCUUGCCUUGCCUUCAUCUCGCUGUACGUGGCAGGGAAGUUCCAUGUGUUCAGCAGUAAGGGACGUGGGAACGGGCUGAAGCUGUGUUGUGUGGUGAUCCCCCUGCUGUGGGCUACUCUCAUUGCCGUGUCCCGCACCGCGGACUACCACCACCACUGGCAGGAUGUAACUGUGGGUUCGCUGGAGGGACUGUUAAUAGCGUAUAUAGUAUACAGACAGUACUACCCUCCACUCUCCAGACCAAACUGUCAUCUACCGUAUACAGAAAUUCCAGCUGUGCUUGAUGUACACACAGACUUGUCAGGUCCGCUCAGGUCCCCCACCAUACCUCUACUACCUUUACACCAAACGGACUCUGCCCUGAAACUUGUUUAGCAUUUUGUAGAAUUAUGUCUCUGCUCUGUUGAAGUGUUGGACACUUUUUCAAACGACUGUGUUUGCUGGCCGUCCUCACUAAAACGUCACGUUUUUCACAUUCAGGCUGUAAUAACCUGUUGGAACAUUAUGGUCACUCCAUGACAAAUUAAUAAUUUCUUCAUUAGUCUUUUUAUUCAGAAUCAAGAUUCUGGUGGCAAUAUCUUCAUUAUAAUAAGUUCCUUUUGAACAUAUAACUCCAAAACCGAUUAAAUGCUUUAUGCAUGGAACACUUAUUAGCAAUGAAUGUUUGAACAUUGAAAUAUCUAUUUAGAGAAUGAGAGGGAGUUAAUUUGUCCUUUGUUUAUCUUUAUAUAUCAUUGAAGUUAUGAAAUAACAUUCAUGUCGUCAUAUACAGAGAGAUGUAGAUCAACUUUAGUGUGAGAGCAGAGAUAGUUUUAUAUUUAAAUGAGAAGUUAUUUUAUGAGGAAUAUAUCCAGUGAACAUUUACGUGAGUCUAUAGCAUGACAGCCUACACAUUCUACAAAUUCUAACAAGUCGACUAAUAUUUUAAAGUGUUAGGUGACAAGUAGCUAUUCAGUAAUAACUUUGACAUUUCUUUCAAAUACUGUCCUCAUACACCUUGCUCUUUCCGCCUACAUUCCAAAGCAGACAGCAACCAAUCAGUUAAAUCACUGACUUGAUAUAUUCUACACAUAUGAAGUUAAGGUCCUCCUGAUUCUUACAGUACUACAGUUAAUCUAUCAUUGCAAGUAACUAUAGUAAUGUGAAAAUAAAUGUCCUUAAGUUCUUUGAGUAGUAUAAGUAUUACAAAGGCUGCUGAGCAGUUUGCCCAUGUCUGAGAGUGAAGCAUUUACUUUGGAGAUACUGACUGUUUAUAUGUGUAAACUGUGACAUACUAGAGAGAUUCAUCUGUGCCAUAGUUCAUAAACAUAUCUAUGUUUUUAUCUUAAUGCUACAUAUAUUUAAAUGUGUUUGGAGAGGAAAUUAUUCAGCCAUACAAAAAAUCCUGGUACUCCACAUUCUCAAAUAUUUCAUUCAAAUUUCAUAAUUCAUAAUUGAUAUGGACCUAGUUACUAUUGUUAUGUUAUGUCAGUGAUGCCACUUUUGACAUCAUUCCCAGUAUAUCCCAUCCCUUACUUUGAGCAGAAUGGCUUGUGCUUGUGAGAGUAAUUUGAUCACAGCUUUUAGCUUCAUCCCUUUUGAAUCAGGCUGGUAACAAAGCUGUACUGCAGAAUGUUGGCUUGGAGGACCAUAAACAAAGUUGAGUGUGGAAACCUCAGAACCUCUAAAAAUACAGGACAACACAAUCAUUCCAAAAUUACGGGAGCAGAACACAAUUUUUCUGAAAUUACGGGACCACAACACAGUUUUUCUGAAAAUACAGGACAACACAAUCAUUCCCAAAUUACGGGAGCAGAACACAGUCAUUCAGAAAUUACGGGACCACAACACAGUCAUUCUGAAAUUACGGGAGCACAACACAAUCAUUCCAAAAUUACGGGAGCACAACACAAUCAUUCCAAAAUUACGGGAGCACAACACAGUCAUUCCAAAAUUACGGGACCACAACACAAUCAUUCCAAAA